UAAAAGCUUUUGAAAUCCCAAGUCCAGUACACACAAUGUUUUGGCGCGCCGAUGAUCAUAGCGUAACCGCAAUUGUUCUUCUUACACAGAACUGAAAAUCCCCAAAUUCAAUUCACAUCGAAACGACGACGAUGACAAUCUCCGAAACCGACGAUUCUUUCACAAACAGUAAUGACGAUCGACGUCUCAGUCUCAUCGACGUUUCUUCCGCCGACGAUUCUCUCAUCGCUAGAGACGAAUUCGAUGAUGCCGCUACCAAAUUCCAGGAGUGGGAGCGGGAACCUAAUCACAUUCAAAACAGAAAGUGUGAUUUGCGACAAAGUUUAGCUUGGGAUAAAGCCUUUUUCACAAGUGCUGGUGUUUUGGAUCCCGAGGAGUUGAGUAGUAUGAUUGAGGGUGUUGGGAAGGGUGAUAAGCGUGCAUCGUCGUUACCAGCGAUUCAAGAGGAUGUGCAUGGGUCAUAUGAGUCCAUUUCUACUUUAAGCAACAAUAGUUUGACCCAGGAGAGUCUCGAGGAUGAUUUGUUUGAGGAUGUAAGAGCUUCGAUUCAGAACUUUGGCAGGAUGUCUGAUGUGGCGAGGGCUAACAGAAAAGUUUCAUCCGGGUUCCAAACUGGUAGCUCUUCUAAAGAGGUUGGCAUGGCUUCCUGUAAGAAGGACUCAAGUUCCAAGAGUCCAAGUGCAGGCAUGCAAGGCACAGGGAAGUUGACAAAGAAGAAUACUAUUUCUCCACACCUUUCACGGAAAUCUGUUGCUAGAAGGGAAGAGUCAUCUAUUUCAAAGCAACCAAGGACACUAGGAAAAUCUAGUCCAAGUUCAACAAUAUCGUUCAGUAGAACUUCUCUUGGUGGUCUACAUGUCAAAAGCGAAAAGGACAAGGCAAAUAAAAAAAAUGGUGCCUUUUCAGGUAAGGUCAAUUGUUUGAUGAACACAUCUGUCAUUAAAGGUACUCAACUUAAUGGGCUUAAACCCAUCACAUUAUCCAAAUCCCCAUUAGGUCUAUCAGUUGCAAUGAAAACAAAAUCCCCAAUUUCCCCAUCUUCCAGCAGCAACUUAUCCAAUAAUAUUAGCAAAUCAUCACCAUUGAAUUCCUUGAAAAGUAAAGUUGACGCUGGAACAAAAAAGCCACUCUCUUCUUGCUCAAUUGUCAGAACACCACCAAGAACUGAUUCGAGAGAUAAAAUUGGGUCUAGCAAUUCUAGUCUUUCAGGCUUGGUGCCCAUCGCCAAGUUCUCUUCAAGCAUUUCGCCUGCUAGCUCUGUUAGUGACUGGUCUUCAGAAUCAUCGUCAUCAACUUCUAUGACUAAAUUUAGGUCUAACAAUUCAAGGACUACCUUUCACAGUAGCUCUAGCAGAAAGCACUUACCAGAGAAUGAUGCUCAAUGCUUUUCAAAUUCUCAAAAAUCUCGGAGUGGUUCAUGCUUAGAAGGAAAGAAGACUAGGGAUGCUGGAUCCAUCGGUCAGUGUGUAAGGGCUUCUGCUGCAGGAAUGGCUCUUACCCCUUCUCCCAAAAAACCUUUAGCCCUUCGACGGUCAUCACCCAAGAUUGGCUUCUUUGAAGGGGUGAAACCGCCAGUCCGCAAUCCACGUGGGGGGAUGCAACCACACACUAUUGUACCACAAGCAAGGGCCAGUCCUUCUAAAGGCCAAAACAAAGCAAAGCUUGGAAAGCUGAAAUCACCAAGAUCAAUCAUAUCACCCAAAAACAAAGAGUUCAAUAACCAACAAGAUUUGCAUCCGGUUCCUCUUCAUGAAUCAUCAGAUGAUGAAAAUAAGACUUCUAUGGCUUUACAGCCUGUCGAAAGCUCCACUGUUGCGUCCACGGAAGUUCAAAACCAAAUACAUCUUAAGGCUGGUGAAGGUAACUUGGAUGCCAAUAAUACCAUGGUCGAAGUGCACCGUAUAGAUGCACAUGAUCUAAAUCUUAGCUAUCCACAGGGAAAGUCUCAUUAUGAUGAUCAAGUUGAUUGUUUGAGCCGACAAGUUGAACUUAUGGAUAUAAAUACGACAACACAAACAUAGCACACCAGCGAUAUUGUUUCUCUCUUGUCAAAUACUUACUCAAGUUUACUCAUUCUCCUAGGUGGGAGGAAUUUUUGAAGGGUCGUUACUUCAUUUACUUGGCUUAUCUUGGAUUCUUUUCCCAGCCAAUUUUUAUAUACUAGCUUGCACAAAGAGGUCCUUGAUGUCAAUAAUCAUUGGGCAAUAUAGAUGAUGGUUGUGACUAACGUUUUAAUAGAUUCAAUAAUUCUAGUCGUAAACAUUUUGAAGAACCAAGGUUUGACUAACUCAAUCGUCCCAUUCUCAUAGUCAUGGACCAGUAGCACGCCGAAAUUUGAAAGAAUAUCUUUAUACGUUUUUGUUUUGGAAACAAGUGAAUGAUGAUAUUUUAGUUGGCUUUUAUUUCCACCAACUUGUGCAGAUUUAAACCUUUUCUUGAGAGCUGUUCAAGAGUAGGGGUGUUUUGGGAUCUAUUUAUUUACAAGAAUAACUUAUGAAGGACACGUUCCAUUUAAUAUCAA